ACUUUUGAAUUUAGCACGGCCUUUAGAAAUUGUUGGGGAUUUUUUUUAAGGCAACGAGUUUCCUGUUUGGAGGGAUCUUUCCCCCCGUUAACUUCACUUUACUUUCAUCCUCGAGUACGCCCAGACUUUUCUGCAGGAUUCCUAACUCCCCCCCUCCAAGAUGGAGGCUCUCGGAGGUUAUCCCACCAAGUCCUCCAAAGCCAGAAUAAAAAGGCUUAGGGUCCUGGUGAGCAUGACAGUAGGUGUGGGAUGUUUGUUCCUCCUGCAGACGCACCUGGUGAAACCAAGAAAACAGAAGGACUUUUAUUCGUUUGAGGUGAAAGACGCAAAGGGGAGGACGGUAUCCCUGGAGAAGUACCGAGGGAAAGCAUCGCUGGUUGUAAACGUGGCGAGUCACUGCCAGCACACGGAGGCGAGCUACAAGUCUCUGCAGGAGCUGCACCGGGAGCUGGGUACGUCUCACUUCAACGUCCUGGCCUUCCCCUGCGGCCAGUUCGGGGACACGGAGCCCGGGUUGAGCCGCGACAUCGAGGCCUUCGCCAAGUCUACCUAUGGCGUGACGUUCCCCUUCUUCAGCAAGAUCAAAAUCCUGGGCACGGAGGCUGAGCCUGCCUUCAGGUUCCUCACAGAUUCUGUGCAGAAAAUACCAAAGUGGAAUUUUUGGAAGUUUCUCGUGAAUCAGGAAGGAAAAGUGAUCCGGUUCUGGAGAACAGACGAAUCCACGGAGAGCAUCCGAAAAGAGGUCACAGCACUGGUGCGAGAAAUCAUCAUAAGGAAACGUGGGGAGCUAUGAUGGCAAAUUCUUGGGAGAUAUGGGACAUUUUGCCACUUUAUCUCGGAUGGAGCCAGCUGGUAAAGCCUGAAAUGACUGAAGUGUCAGCAGAGGGCAUGUGAGAGAGAUCUGUUGCUCCAGAAAGAAGUGGUGGUAUGGUUUUAUUUGAGUGUUGGUCAUUCUAUCAGACAAUAACCAAUGAAGAUAAAAGCUUGUUAAGCCCUCAGUGUUGGGUUUUUAAAUAAAAAAAAUAUCUCUACGUUUUGCUUCUUAAAGUAAUUUUCUAAAGUUUACAAUGUUGUUUUUAAGAUGAAGCCUGCAUUUUCACCUUUUAGUGUCUGAUUUGAGCCUCUUAACUGUAUCUCAUCCUUCCAACAAUAAAAUAAUGUACCUGAAGAUCA